ACAAACAUGUCACCAAAGAAGCGGAGCUGCCUGGCCAUGCCGGAGGCCCAUCUUAGCUGCGCCAAGGGUUGCGUCGUGCAGUCUGGGCUCUUCCUUCGCCACCCGCCAGUCAUCCCGCGCCGCGUCGUCUGCUCUGCAGCUCAGUGAAGGGUUCAGACCGUUCAGUGAGGAGGACGCCAGCCAGGUGACAACAUGGAGAUUCAGAAGCUGGACAUCUACAAUGCCAAGAGUGGCAAGUUUGUCACAACCCUGCAGGGGCUGAAGGGCUCCAGCACGGUGUUGGAUGUGAAGAAGAGUCUCCACCAACAGAAGAAGGUGUUGUACCCAGAGCGGCAGGAGGUUAGGAUGGAGCAGAGAGGGAAAGGUCUGAAGGAGAGUGACACCCUGCAGCAGCUUGGCAUCAAGACCAAGGACGACAGGCUGUACGUCAAGGACCUCGGCCCACAGAUUGGCUGGACGACAGUAUUCUUCGCUGAGUAUGCCGGCCCGCUGGCGAUCUACCUCUGGGUGUACCAGCGACCCUGGCUUUUCUAUGGGGACAGGGCGGGUGAUGCCCUUCCCACAUCUCUUUGUACUCACAUUGCUGCCGGCUGUUGGACCUUCCACUAUGCCAAGCGUCUGCUGGAGACUCAAUUCGUGCAUCGGUUCUCUCACAGCACCAUGCCACUCUUCAACCUCUUCAAGAACUGCUCCUAUUAUUGGGGCUUUACUGCCUAUGUGGCUUACCAUGUCAAUCACCCACUCUUCACUCCACCCUCCACUACACAGCUGUAUGUCUCCCUGGCUGUCUUCCUGCUGUGUGAAUUUGGAAACCUGAGCAUACAUUUGGCCCUGAGGAACCUGCGACCUCCUGGCUCAAAGGAGCGAAAGAUCCCUUACCCAGAUGGAAACCCAAUGACGAAGUUGUUCAAUAGUGUGUCUUGCCCCAACUACACAUAUGAAUUUGGCUCUUGGCUGGCCUUCACCACCAUGACACAGUGCUUGCCAGCGGGACUUUUUGCCCUUGCUGGGUUCUACCAGAUGGCAGUGUGGGCAUUGGGCAAACACCGUGCUUACAAGAAGGAUUUCAAGAACUAUCCCUCAAGGAAGGCCAUUCUUCCCUUCCUUCUUUAAAGGAGCUGAUAAAGGGAUCAGAAGGAUGAAGUACCUAAUUAACUCUCAGAAGGAAUAGUGUGAUUGCUUGUAUCAGGAAGGCAGGAUUGGUGAAUCUGCCCUGCUGUCACUUCAAACAUAACCGGUAACUGAAGGAAAGAUUGAGUGGCUGUAGUAAAAUGCACCUAUUGUCUUUUUUGUUAAUGACAUUUUUAUGUGUGUGGAAUUAAGUGAAUGAAUGAAAGAAGUGAAUGAAUUGAUGUAUGUUUAAAAGAAAGAAAUGAAAUAAUUAAGAAAAAAAGCUUUAUGUAACCUAUGUAUUCUCACACAAAUUACUGAUAAAACUUGUGAUUGUCUCUUAAGAAAUAAAAUGUUCCCUGAAA